ACCCACUGUGUCGGCGCAGGUGCCCGAGGGCAGUGCGGCACCCACAGCUGGCAGGUGCCCUUGCCUCUCCAGUCCAGGGUGGCCCUCCUGCUCCGCAGCUCCAGACCCGAUCCCGGGCUGCACCUGUGGCCUCCGAUCUUGGAGAAGUGUCCAAGCCCCCGCGCGCGGUUCCCGCGGUGAAAGAAAGUUGUGCGGCGGCGCGGUCUCCGCGCGGACUCCGCUUGCGGGAAACUUGGACUCCGGCUGGUGGGGCGGCGGGUCCCAAGACCGACCCGCAACGCAGGCCACCGGGGCCAUGCGCGUGUCAGGGCGCCCGCUGCUCCUUGUGCUGUUGCUGCUGAGCACGGUGGGGGACCGGGGACGCGCGCAGCCCCGGGGGCCUGCAGACCGGCAGACACUGCUGAGGUUGCUUGUUGAGCUGGUCCAGGAGCUGAAGAAAUUCCACACUGGAGACAACAAGAGGCUGCAGCUUCUUGGCGAGACCGACUUUGCCCUGGGCCGCAGGGAGGCCACGGAUUAUGGGGCAGACCCAGAGGAGCAGAGAGUGGAGAUUGUUCCUCGAGAUCUAAGGAUGAAGGACAAGUUUCUGAAACAUCUCACAGGUCCUCUUUAUUUCAGUCCGAAGUGCAGCAAGCACUUUCACAGACUUUACCACAACACGCGAGACUGCACCAUCCCUGCAUAUUAUAAAAGAUGUGCCAGGCUGCUUACACGGCUGGCUGUCAGUCCCAUGUGCAUGGAGAGAUAAGCUGCAGAGGAGCAACCCCGGGAACCUUGAAAAGUGCCUUGGAAACCAACAGAGAACAGAACAUCUUCAUGCCCAUUUCCUGUGGACAGAGAUUUAUUUUUGCAUUCUUCCAUAAUUCCUUUGCAUUUUCUAUGUCGCUGACAGUUUACAAAUACACAUUCAGCAAAUCAGUGUAUCUGUCAGUGAGAUUUGCCACUCUUAGACUGUAAGAACAGAGAACACUCCACAUUUGAUGUUUCAUGCUAUAAAAGGAGGUAUUUCCAUUUAAAGAUUAGGUGGAACCUCAAGUAUUUCUUUAGAAACAUAGGCAGAACAUUAAACUGUAUUUUCAUAGAGUAUACAGUAUGAUUUGACAUUUUGUAUUACUUCUACAAUUAAACUCCCAAACUAGAGUUUGGAACUGCAUGAAAAAUUUUAAUGAAAACCAAAAAAACCUCACUUGUUUUGAAGAGUGGCAUAUCAGUCUGUGGAUAUGCCCAGGCCAGUCCCAUCCGUCCUCUGUAAAGUACAUUCCAGGUAUUGUACAAUGUGUAAAUACUGUGAAUAAGUACAAGGAAAUAAAUCCAGUGUUUGGUAUAAUGAACAGUCUUCAGAGUGACUCUUCUGUAAUAGUGUUAUUGUUCAGUAUGUAUACACACAUACAUACAUAUGUAUGUUAUCAGAGUGACUCUUCUGUAACAAUAUUAUUGUUCAGUAUGUAUACACACAUACAUAUGUAUGUAUGCAGAGGUGCCACUAGUACUAAAUGACAGACUCCUGAUUACUUGGUCUCACUUAGUCAUCAAUAAAUACCCCAAGUAAUUCAUAUUCAUGACCUCCUACAUGAUUGUAAGAGAAUGUCAAACUAAGAACCCUAACAACAGUUCCAAAUUUUAAUGGCUAUAUUUUAAAUAAAAUUAAUUUGACUUAAUUUAGAAAGAUAAGUUUCUCUGUUCAAGAGCUCUUAUAAACUCACGGUGCUGUGUGGGACCAAGAAUACCACAUUCCAAGGAUCCGCAUCUGAGAUAGACAUGUAAAAAUUCAAGAAAACAACAGGAUUUUAUAACACAAAAGAGAAAUGUAAGAUCCUGAAACAACUACCAAACUAGGAUGGACGGAUUAUGACUUCAUCUACUUCCUUAUUAUGGCCGGCUACUUGCCGUUCGCCUUCCUAGUUUUUAACUUCAUGAAAACUAUGACCAAAGGUAAUUAGCGAAGUGUCUGUGUCUGCGAGGACAUCAUGACCUCUGUCUGAGACAAGGGUAUUGGGAUAGUUGCUGUCUUCUAGAGGGUCAAUUGUUUCAUCUUCCUCCUUUGAGAGGGUAGGGUAUGGCCCAGCAGAUAACCCAGCAGAUAUCCAGGUCUCUGUGUCCUUUCAAAUAUUGGGACAUUUUUUCUCACUAGAAAUUCUCCAGUAUUGGAGGUGACGAGAGGUAAA